GUGAGAGGAAGGAAGAAAGGCUACAGUCGCUGGCAGCCAAUGUGAAGACCGGACUCCGUGCGCUCCUCGCAGCCUCUGCCCGGCCACAUCGAUGUUGUGUCCGCCGCCCGCUCGCCGGGAUCACGAUGAACGCGCAGCUGACCAUGGAGGCGAUCAGCGAGCUGCACGGGGUGAGCCAUGAGCCGGUGCCCGCCCCUGCCGACCUACUGGGCGGCAGUCCCCACGCGCGCAGCUCUGUGGCACACCGUAGCAGCCACCUGCCUCCCGCGCACCCGCGCUCCAUGGGCAUGGCGUCCCUCCUGGACGGCGGCGGCGGAGGCAGCGAUUACCACCAUCACCACCGAGCCCCUGAGCACAGCCUGGCUGGUCCCCUGCACCCCACUAUGACCAUGGCCUGCGAGACUCCCCCAGGUAUGAGCAUGCCCACCACCUACACCACCUUAACCCCUCUUCAGCCGCUGCCGCCCAUCUCCACCGUAUCGGACAAAUUCCCCCACCAUCACCACCACCACCAUCAUCACCACCACCCGCACCACCACCAGCGUCUGGCGGGCAACGUGAGCGGUAGCUUCACACUCAUGCGGGACGAGCGCGGGCUGGCCUCCAUGAAUAACCUCUAUACCCCCUACCACAAGGACGUGGCUGGAAUGGGCCAGAGCCUCUCGCCCCUCUCCGGCUCGGGUCUGGGCAGCAUCCACAACUCCCAGCAAGGGCUUCCUCACUAUGCCCACCCCGGCGCUGCCAUGCCCACCGACAAGAUGCUCACCCCCAACGGCUUCGAAGCCCACCACCCGGCCAUGCUCGGCCGCCACGGGGAGCAGCAUCUCACGCCCACCUCGGCUGGCAUGGUGCCCAUUAAUGGCCUUCCUCCGCACCACCCCCAUGCCCACCUGAACGCCCAGGGCCACGGACAGCUCCUGGGAACGGCCCGAGAGCCCAACCCUUCGGUGACCGGCGCGCAGGUCAGCAAUGGAAGUAAUUCAGGGCAGAUGGAAGAGAUCAAUACCAAAGAGGUGGCGCAGCGUAUCACCACCGAGCUCAAACGCUACAGCAUCCCACAGGCCAUCUUCGCGCAGAGGGUGCUCUGCCGCUCCCAGGGGACCCUCUCGGACCUGCUGCGCAACCCCAAACCCUGGAGCAAACUCAAGUCCGGCCGAGAGACCUUCCGGAGGAUGUGGAAGUGGCUUCAGGAACCGGAGUUCCAGCGAAUGUCCGCGCUCCGCUUAGCAGCAUGCAAAAGGAAAGAGCAAGAACAUGGGAAAGAUAGAGGCAACACACCCAAAAAGCCCAGGUUGGUCUUCACAGAUGUCCAGCGUCGAACUCUACAUGCAAUAUUCAAGGAAAAUAAGCGUCCAUCCAAAGAAUUGCAAAUCACCAUUUCCCAGCAGCUGGGGUUGGAGCUGAGCACGGUCAGCAACUUCUUCAUGAACGCAAGGAGGAGGAGUCUGGACAAGUGGCAGGACGAGGGCAGCUCCAAUUCAGGCAACUCAUCUUCUUCAUCAAGCACUUGUACCAAAGCAUGAAGAAAGAACCACAAACUAAAACCUCGGUGGAAAAGCUUUAAAUAAAAAACAAAACAAAAAAAUUUUUAAAGACCAGGACCUCAAGAUAGCAGGUUUAUACUUAGAAAUAUUUGAAGAAAAAAAAGUGAUAUUUAUAGUCCAAAGAAACCAAAGACUUAGCUCACCUGCAUUCUGACUUUGUUCGGAGACACACACUUCAGCAGGGCGACGACUCGGCAAGAAGUUAUGAGUGGGAAAACACUGGAUCUCACACCUUCAAUCCCUGAUCAUUCUCGCUGUGCUUGGCUAUUUAGUGGUUUGGAGCAUAGUGAUUUUGAGCCAUUGUGUGGACAGUUUUAAGAUCGUUAUCUGUUCCACUGUACCAUGAAGGUGUAUGGUGUCUCAGUACUGUGUGUGGGUACACCCGCAUGUACACACACACAUACACACACAUACACACACACACACACACACACACACACACCACGUACACCACCAGUGGUUAAAAACUUAGGCAGGGCUGGUCUUCAGGAAGAGUUGUGCUGUAGGAGUGCAACCAAUAUGGUGUGGGGUUGUCUGAGUUCAUUGGAUUAAGAGUGUGAUUUUGCUCGUCUAGCCCAGUGUUUGAACCUGCCAGGCUCACAACCUAAAUGCAGAUUCAAACCCAGCAAGGAAAAUUUGAAUGACACCUAAACCAGUGCAUUCUCUUUGUUUGUUAAGGAAUGUUCAGAUAUUUUUUAAGAAAUGAAACAAGAGUCCAUCCAUUUAAAAAAAAAAAUCACCUAGGUACCAAAGAACACACUUGAUAUUAUAGUGCAGGUAUUUUAUUGCAAUGAUUUUAAUAACCAAAGCUAUUUUUACACAAGAUACUAUGUAAAGUUAUACGUAUGAACUGAUCUCGCUGGAAUACACAUGCCACAUAGAUCCACAGCUAUUAUUUAUGACUCUUGAAGCAUUUGAAAUAUGAGUUUUCAGAAAUGGCAAGAAAGAAUGUAGCUUCAGGGAAGCAAUUAAUAUCAUGGCAGAGAGGUCGAUGCAGUACACAUGUACAUCCAGGUGGGACACUCCUCUCCAGGAUUCAUAAAUGUCACUUACAUAGAAAAAUGGACACAAUACCAUAAUCUGUACAUAGCUGAGAAAACUCAAGGAUCCUUCUAAAAUAGGACCCCAUUUGCACCACUAGAAAACUAAGUUUAACAAGGGCAACUAAAUUAGAAACUUUAUUCAAAGUGGCUAAAGUGAACAUGCCAAAGUGACGAGUUUUAGUAAAAGAACUUAGAUUAAUUUGACUUCAAUUUGCUUAAUGCAUUUGGUACCAAAUAUCUUUAAAUUUUUUUACAAACAUAAAUAAGGUGAGCAGACUAACAUUAUUAUUAAAAUUAAUGUCUAAGAAUUUGUAAUCAUCCUAAAAAAUAAUCAUGGUGAUUUUAUUGCCAAUCUCAGACACUUUAUGACUUGGACAUCUAUAAGACAGUAUGUGCCACCGAGAAGUGUUGGAAUUGGUGGAACUGCAUAGAGAAAGCCAGAAUUCUAAUGGAACACAAGAUUUUUGGUUCUAUUAGUAUUAUGCAACUUAUUUCACUAAGUAUAGCCUUCAAAGCAUCCUACAUUCUUUCUUGCUACUGCAUGAAAUUGGAAAUUUUAUAACAUAGAUUCCAGAGGCAGAUUAAAAAUUAGGCCUGAGCUUCCAAAUACACAAUUUUAAAUUUCUGUUUCUUCAAAUCACUCAAUUGAGGCCAUGUAAGUCAAGGCAAAAAUAAUAAGAUAAUAAUGUUGUACUAGUGGUACCCUUGUGAAUCACUUGAUUCCUAGAAACUUCUCUUGAAUCAUAACUUAUAUAAAUAGAUGUCUGUACUAUCAUUAGGUAAAGAAUUGGAUACUCUUAGUUAAUUACCACAUCUAUCUAGAAAUAUAAAACUAAAAAUUAUCAUCCUAACAAUGAGUUGCUUAUUGAGAUUCACUUCAAAUGCUGAAGAAAAAAAAAAUAAAUUAUCUUGACACAAAACCUAAUUCCUUAGGAUCAAAUCUCAGCAUCUUAUCUGUGUUUAAAACAGUCAGGCACCUGGAGGGCUGAAGCUAAACCAACAGGCCAUCUGUCUAUCUCUCCUGAAGUCUGCUGUAGACUGAGAAAAGGAAACUACAUGUACUUCUCCUUUAAUGGAAUACUACAUUUGCCUUGACAUAUUUUGUCUUAGUAUUUUUUUUUAAUUUCAUCCAAAGUUUCAGCUUAAAAUUUUCCCUUCUAAAAAUGGCACAAUUAUAGUUCAGCUGUUGAGAGACUAUUUAAAUGGCCACCCUUCAAGAUUUACUAAAAGUAUAAUCUUAUCAAGGACAUAAACAAAAAGGAAAAAACAUGAAUAGCCUUUUCUCUCUUCAGGAAUGGAGGGAGAUGGGGGUACAGCUAUAUAAUGUAUUUAUAAUUUAGGAGGGAGGAAAGCCUUAUUUGUUUAAAGCAUGAGAAUUUAAAAUGCAGGGAAAUUCAAACUGUGUCUACACACAAUCUUACCAAAUUUUAGUACUCCAGGAAAAAGAAAAAAAAAAACUGAAUUCAGACAACCAUGUUGGUCUUUUUCUUUUUUACUGUACUACCCUCAAAAUUAAUCCAACUGCAUUUUGCAUUUCAACCAAUUAUUUUGGUGCUGUGUAGACACAGUCUCAAAGAAUAUCACUACACAUUAAAUAUCCAACCACAAUUUUUUUUUUAAAAAAAAUAACCAGUUAUCUUACUUGCUGACACCAAAGAUGAUUUUCAUACCAGCAUUGAAUUUGCACCCAUUAUGCAAUUUCAGGGCCUAGAGAUAUAUUUUCUCAUAAACAGAUGCACAAAUCAGAGCCUGAAAAGCAAUUUUUUUUUUACUUAACUACUAAAGCAUACACACAACCUUUUCUUUUUAGAAAUCAUAAUGAACAAGCAGCUCCUCACAAGCAAUACACUUACCCCAUCAUGUAUGACUGAUUCUUUAUGUGUUUCUGAACUGGCAGGUAGUAAAAAAUGCUUCCAUUCCUCCUUAGUGUAGCAUUAAUUUAUGGCUCCUGUUUUUGAACCUACCACAUUUAACAAAGCAGGUCACGUGCCAUUUGUUCACUUUUCAUUUUCUCAAUCCUUUAGCAAAAAUUCAACUGAAAAAGAUAUCUUGCUCUUUCAUUUGUAUGUUUAUAAAUAACAAAACUGCACUUCAAAUGAUCCUUUUUUUUUUUUUUGGUAGAAUGGAAGUUAGUCUGUUUUUUGUUUUUGGACAUACAUCAUUCAGGUUCUCUCAUAAUUGGAAGCUUUCCUAAAAGAGGGCCAAGAGGUAUGAAGUCUGGACAACACAAAAACCCAGACUACAGUAAAUGUUCAGGUUAGAGAGUUCUGGAUGUCAGGAACUCAGUAGUUCAAUCCCUGAUACAGCUGGAAUAGACCCCAAAGACCAAAGAAAAUGUAUGGGGAAGUCCAGAAGUUCUAACUGAACAUGUCACUCAUUGUGCCCCCAAAAAGUGUAAUUAGUUUUCUAGGAAACUAUAAAAGCACUAUGCUACAUUUGGACUCAUUCCACUCCCAUUGCUACCCCAGGUGAAUAACCCAUCUUUUUGCAGGUUAAAUGCAAAUUUUGCUAUACCAAAGAGUCCUAGGACAUUUUCACAUGAGCUAUAAAGACAUUUUCCCCAAGAACUUCCUCCCUUCUUUGUACAUAAAGGAUGAAAACUAUGCAUCUAGCAAACAAAGAGAAAGCACUUCUCCCUUUUCUAUCUAGUUGUUUAGGGUGCAUUCAAAUGCCAGAGGCUGUUUUGAGACACAUUUGGCCUUCUGGAUUAUUAUUGUGGUGUGGUUAGCUUUACAGUACAUUUGGUAACUAUUUCCUAAAUAGUAAGGACAAAGAAGCAGAAGGUAAGAAAUAGCUACUUCCACGUGUUAAAAAAAAGAAAAAAAAAAGAAAAAAAGAAAAAAAAAGUGUAAAGAUCUACUAUUUAUAGUGUGAACCAAAGACGCUACCUCACUCAAUUUCCAUUGGUGAUUUUAAUCACAUUGAUGAUACCAAAGAAUACCAAAGAUAUUUUCAUGCCGGCCUUGGUCUGCAGAGGGAAUUCCGCCCCCACCCUUCCCCCACCUCCUCUCCCCUCCUCACUCUUCACUCAGUGUGUAAACUUGUCUUCAUUCUUAAUAAUGAUAAGGUAACGGUAACAACAACGUUAGGAAAUACUACUCUUAUUACUGCUAGUUCUUCUUGUAAAUCUCUAGGCAAACAUGUUGCAAACUUUGUAAACUCCUAGGAUGAGUGCCUUGCUUGAACCAAAGUGUUAAACCGCUGUUAACCUCUCUCACCUUAUACUCUUUGAAUACCUCAGCCUCUUAGAAAGGCCACUAAUGAAAAAAAAAAAAAGGAAUAAUUAUUCACCGUGGUGCUUUUUCCGUGCAACCAUGCAAUGAAACUUUCUUUGAUACCAAAGGAUUACUUCCCCCCACCCCCAAUUUCUUGCUGAUAAACCAAAGCUCCUCCUUGUUCCCUCUCGAGGUCCUCUCCAUUUCCCUGGGUCCCUUCACCAGGCAGGCCGUGCAUCACUUUUACCAAUUUCUCCAAAUACCUCAUAGUAAUAAAGUUUUAGGGUUAUGUUGUAUAGAGAGUCUAUGUGAUAAGGCAGAACUUACUAGUUUGAUAAUUGUUAAGGUUACUUUAAAAAAAAACUUUAUAAUUCUUAUUUAUUUUGUAGUUUGUAUGUUUGGGAUGUUCCCUUCCCUUCCCCUUUGGUUUGGGGUUUAUUUUCUUGGCAGAACUGCUCUGUUGCUCAAGGAAGACUUAAUUUCUGGAUAUGUUCCCCAGGUGGGUUAAGGGUUGUGUAAAAAUGCAAGAAUGGAGUAAGAAAUGGUUUUCAUUUUGACAGUUACUUAUGAAGGUUUUGUGUUUCGUAGAAAAUUUGUUUCCACAGGGUAAAAACAAAACAAAAAAAUAUAUAUAAAUAUAUAUAUAAUCUCUUUUUUGUGAAACUGGUUCCUAUUUUUCUCUAUAAUGUGCUGUGAUUUUUUAAUUUAAUUACAUUUUAUAUGAGCUUAUUUAAUCACUGCUUUAAUUUAUGACUGUGUAGUUUUAAAAAUGUAUAUAGUAGAAUCAAAUGGCCAAAGCUUUCUGUUACAAUCUUUUUGUUCUUGAUGCUAAGAUUAGCUGGAGGCAGGAGCUUCUCUUAACUGCAGGGUGUUAUCUUUAGUUUUUCUUAGCAGGCACUUCCACACGUGCUGUGAACACUGCCAGGUCUGCCCUCAAAAACUUGUACAUGCCAAAAAAAGUGUUUCAAGGUAGUCCUCUCUGUCAUUUAGAAAGAAGAAAGACAUUAUUCAUGUUCUUCCUUUAAUUUAUUAAUUUUAUUAUUUUAAAUUUAUUUUUUGGAAAAAAAUUACUUUGCAUGUAAAAUCUGAAAAUCAAAAGAAUUUAAGACUUUUUUUUUAAAUGUUUCCAAACACCGACAUUUGUGAGAUACUUUUCUACUUUUUAUUUUUUUUCAACAUUCGAACAGGUAUGAGAAGUAAAGAGAGUAAAAACAGAGACAAGCUAACUUGAAUUUGGAAAUCCUCUGUUUCCCUAAGUUUCUAAAUUUCUUCCAGGCUGGGGCAGGCCUAGAGACAUUUCUUUUUGCAAAGCUUAGAGCUUAACUAGAGUCAUGCCCUUAAAAAGAAAGUCAAGCUGAUCGAUCCAUCCUGGUGGGUCUGACAGCUCCUGGAAGAACCCAAACAAUUGUUCAGCCUUGUUUUCUUCAAAAAAAAUGUUUCAGAGUUGCAUAUUCCUGCCCCCAACCCCCAACCUUCCCACAUAUCCCUACCACAAUUGGAAGACUUACCUUUGAAUGUCAGGGUCCCUGAGAAUGAAUCCACCCCAGAGCUAUUUGAGUUUGUCUCUUCUUACUCUUCAUCUUCCCACUAGUUUUUACACACUAGAGCUGAUCCCUGCCCAGGCCCCUGAACCCAGGCAGCCCACCCCCCACCCCUUAUACUUUGUAUUAGCACACGCAGAAUUCUAAAUGAUGAAGGGCAUCCUCAGAAGAGCCAGUGCCAUUGUUUUGUUUCUUUUUGGUGAGAUAAAUUGCUUUGACUAUGUCUCAUAAACUCAUAGAUGUAAAUAUUUUCCCUUUUGACACAGAAUUUUACCUUAUUUUCUUUUGCAGGUGUGUUUGGGUGGGGAAAGAAAGGGAGGGCUUAGAUUUGGGGUCAAAAGUUACAUUUUCUUAGGAACACUUUUAUACUCAUUCUGUAUUUUAAUAGGGCAAUAAAUCUGCUCUGAAUUGCAGGAUCAUUCAGUGCUCUGUUGGUAAGCAUGGAUGGAUUACGUGUUUUUAAUACAAAUGCUGGUCAGUUAGUCAUAGAAACUGGACAAAAAUUGUUGAGGGAGUUGACAUCAGCAAUGAAGCAUGGAGCAGAGUUGUAUUUGCAAGGUCACAUUUUCUGUUUUUUUGUGUGUUAGUCUUGAUUUUUUGUGGUAUGUUCUGCAUUUAUUACAUAAUCAUUGUGGGCUCAUUUUAGAUUUGCCGUCUGAACCAAGUGACAAGUAUUUUUUUAAAGAAAAAUAAACUUUAAAACAUUGUCUUCCACUUGCUUGGGUAGUUGUCUUCGUAUCUCCCUGUGUUUAUUGUCCCGUCUGACUCAGCCCAUCUGUCACUCACUUAGACCUGUCCUUUUUCCCUUUCCUGUUUUUGGUACAUCUUUGACCUUAGCUAUUGUUCGAGUGUGACUCAGUUUCCCUGUUCAAGUUAGCUUGAUGGUUUAUUAUGUAAGGAGGGUGCCUAAGACAAUCAUCAGGUAAAAAUAAUAAGAUAAAAAUUUAAAAAGAUCAGUAGAGUAGAAAAAUCUUCCAAGAGCAGAGGGAGUUCUUCCUUAGCAAGAAAAAAACAAAAAACAAACAACAACAAAAAAAAAAGACAUAAGGAAUUAAAAACCUAACCAUGAGGGGCUUAGAAAUUUUUUGAUAAAAGACAAAUGUUGCUGUCAUUUUCUUUGUCAAUUAGAAAACAGUGGUAGUUUCUACGUUGCAUCUACAUUUCAGAUGAAAUGAUUAUUGUACCCAGUUAUGGUUGUUUGCUAAUAUUUUGUCUCUCUCUUACUCUUUGUCCAAUGCUUCUGUAUUUUUGUGUGUAGCAACAAGAAGUGUAAUGCAUUAGGCAUUAUUCUGGUUUGUUUAUGAGUAUCUCCUGUACUGCAUUAAGGUUUCUUUCAUUUUUUUAAAAGCUUCGCUACUGUUCUCACUUUAUGCCGUGCAAUAUCAUCUGCUGUGUUUGCUAAGCAAAAAAGAAAAAAAGAAAAAAAAA